AUGGCAGGAAAUGCUCUAUUGGUACCUCCAAGAUCAGCUUUUGGAUCUAGAGAAGAAUUAUGUGCAUUUGUGUCAUAUAAAAUGAGAAGAGCAACUGAAUUAUUUACAUUUAAAUGUUCAUUAUAUCAAAGAGAGCUUAAGUUAUAUUUACCAGAACCUGUUCCAAAACAUAGAAGAUGGAUUGAUACUUUUGAUUCGGAAAGUAUUGUUACGAUACCAAUUAGUAAAAUAGAAAAAGAUGAAAUUGAAUUAUUCAGGAAAUAUUUUCCAGAUGAUAUGGAUUUGGAUUCUAUAUUUCCAGGAGAUUUAUUACAAAGGUCCUUUAAAAAGAGAAUAUCUAUCUUAUUAACAUCUUUAGUUAAUAAGAUUGUCUUUUUAUUAGUUUUAAGACAUGAUACAUGGUAUGUACAUCAGGAAGCUAGAGAUGGACUUAGGGAAUAUCUAGUUGAAAAAAUUUGGCCAAGACAACCAAAAUUGAGGUUGUUAUAUAGAGAUCAUGUUACUACUUUUGUAGAUACAAGAAUCCGUCAUUUUAGAGACUCUGUGGGAAGAUAUUUCAGGGAUCUCCAUGCAAAUAGCAAAAAUGGGGAGGUUAUUGCAAAUUUAAUAGUAACUUGUGAUUAUAAACAGUCAGAGUUGGAUGAUAUGAUAAAAAAAGCUUUAGAAGAACAAAAGACUAUGUUUGAGAAUGAAAAGAAAAUGGAAUAUAUUGAGUCUCCAAAUAGAAACAAUUAUGAAAAAUCAAAUACCAAAUCUUCUUUAUUUUCUUCUCAAACAGAAAAGGUCCAAAACAAAACCCAGAAAUACUGUAAAAAUGAUAGAUCUUCAAACAGUCAUAAUACUUCAAGCUUUAAGGUUGAACUUGAAGAAAACCAUGAAGAUUUUUAUAUAGAAGACGAUUUGGAAUACCACGAACAGGACCUAGAAAAAGAGUUGGAAUCAUAUCAUGGUCUAGAACAUCAAGUAGAACAGGAACUAGAACAGGAAGUAGAGCAAAAUCCGGACCAUGAUAUAGAUGACCAAAAUAUAGAUCAAGACCGGGAGCAAAGGCUUAGAAAACAAAGGCUAAAGCUAAGAAUGAAGCAGAAACUAAUACAGAAACAGAGACUGAAAUUGAAAUUAAACAAUGAGCAGGAACAAGAACAAGAGCAAGGACCAGAAAAAGAGCAAGAACAAAAACGAGAAUGUGAACGUGAACAUGUAAAUGAGCGUGAAUUAGAGAUUGAAUGUGAUAACUUGAAAGGACUUGAUGAGGAAAAAAAAGAAGGGCUUUUGGAAGAUCAAGCCACAUAUAACAGUGAAUUUGAGAUGAAUGAAAAGCUAAUUAAAGGAUGUGAUGAAAAACAAAAAAGUAAGAGAACCUUAUUCUUAACAAAAAGAUUUGAGCAAGAGUCUGAGUUAGAAAAGUCAUCAAAUAGUAGCUUUAAUGAUGAAAAGAAUGCAAUAUAUCCUCCACUUAAGAAAAAGAACAAAAGUGAUAAUAACUUAAUAUAUCCUUCUCUUAAUAAUAUGGGCAUCUCCAAUAGUAAUAGCUCUCCACCUGUAGUUUCAAUACCAUCAAUACCGUCCAUCCAAUCAAUCUCUUCCAAUUUUACAUCAACAAUGUCAUCAUCAUCAUCUUCUUUAUUGUCACCCUCAUCAUCUUUACCCUCAGAUUUAGUUUCGAGACUAAAUAUAAUCCCAAAUAUAGGAGGUUAUCCAGGACAAAUUCAAAUAAACUCUCCAAUAGAUAAAUCUUCAAUCUAUGCCUCAUUUCUUAACCCUCACUCAAACUCAGUAUUCACAAAAGAAACGAGUACAAAUCAAGAAAACUUGUCUAAUUCUAAUUCAUCAUUGGAAAGUAACUCAAGUUCAAAUAUUGUUUAUAGAAACAUUCAAACUGAUAUAAAUAACGUCUCUUCCACAAGCUCCCUAUCAAAUUUUUCUAUUUCAAAUUACUCUCCUAAAUCAAAAUCAUACUCUAGUCCCGAUAUUUUGAAUGGAUCCAUAAUAGGUGGAUCAAUGUUAAACCAUUAUUCAAACCCCAUUUCUGAUUCUGGAUUAACUGUAAGCCAAAGCCCAGGGUUAGGUUAUGGUAUAGGAUCAGGACUUGGACCAGGACCAGGAGCAAGAUUGGGUUUGGGACUUGGAUCGGGAUCAGAUUUAGUAUUAAGGGAAAAAAAGAUUUCAGUUUUAAAUCCAUACCCAGGUUCUGUCUUGGAUUUAGGGCCAGUGGCAAGUUCAGGCUCAAACUCAGGCUCAGAGGUUGGAGCUGAAAUUGGUUUAGAUUCAGACUCAAAGUCAAAUCCAGUAUCAGUAGGGUUCCAUGGAUACCAUCUAACUCCAAUGAUGAAUUAUCCAUAUUUUUUUGGAUCUAUUAAAGACAGUAAUUUAGUUUUUGGUAACCCAUUUAUUUUUUCUCAACUGAAUUCUGGGCUUCAACCAGCUUGUAAUAUUCAAGCUCCUCCAGCUUACUUUUUAGUUCCAAAUUAUAGCUAUGGCUUUCAGUCCUUAUAUCCCACACAAAGUGGAUUAUCACAGUUGAAUCCAUACUGGUUUUCAUCUAGUGAUAUAAAUCAUUUUUGUCCUAUUAAUAUGAGCAAAAUAAGUACUCAAUCUGAGAUAGAUCAAAUAAACCCUAAUGGCACAAUCCAAGCAUAUAACUCUUAG